UCAUUUUGUCUUCUCUCACUCCUCACCGGGCGUCUCUCUCCUCCCAAAACCUCCACACACAAGACAUACAAAUUCACAGAGAGAAAAACCAGCACCAUGGGCCGCGUCCGUACAAAGACCGUGAAGAAAUCCUCGCGCCAAGUGAUUGAGCGAUACUAUUCGCGCAUGACCCUGGACUUCCACACCAACAAGAAGAUCCUGGAGGAGGUGGCCAUCAUCCCCUCCAAGAGGCUCCGCAACAAGAUUGCCGGGUUCUCGACCCAUUUGAUGAAGCGGAUCCAGAAGGGCCCGGUUCGCGGCAUCUCCUUGAAGCUCCAGGAGGAGGAGCGCGAGCGCCGCAUGGACUACGUCCCCGAGAAGUCCGCCAUCAAGACUGACGAGAUCGAGGUCGACAAGGAGACGAUCGACAUGCUCUCUGCUCUCGGCAUGGGCGAUAUGCCCGGCCUCAAGCGGGUCGACCCGGCUUCUCUUCAGCCUCAGCAGCUCGGGUUCGGGCGCGGCGGGCCCAGGAGGUACUGAAGAAGGGAUUAUAAUGAGUAAAUUUGGGUUUUUGGGAGAGUAGGAAGGAAACAUUUGCUAAUUUUCUGUUGCUAUGCGUUUUUAAGUUUACCAUGGAUCUCUAAUGUGGAUUCUCAAUCCUUUAUUAUGGGAUUUUGUUAAUUUUGGAUUUAGAAUCGAAAGCAUGCAUUUUUGUUUCUUUUUGUCAAAUGAAUCUUUUGGGUUUCUUCUGGAUAGCUGCUUGCUUGAGCAAUGUUCAUGUUCAUGUUCAUGUUCUUUUGGGUACUGUUGCUUUUUCUAGGGCAUGGGUAGGUUUAAUUUAAGAAUGUGAUUAAAUUAGAGUUUGGUUUCAAAUUC